GCAUUGGCGCAGGCUGAAAACGGAAGUGAGUGAGUUUUCGUGUUGGAAAAAAGUUCUCAUGGUUGUGUUGAUGCCAAGUGUAGAAAAGUUGGGUUUCAGACGUCUGUCGACUCCCAUGAGAUUGUGUUGAAGCCGUUUGAAGACAACUAAGGGACCAAUACCUCUGCAGGAUGAGGGAUGAACCAGGCCCAGUUCAGAUCGUCACAGUGUGUAAGGAGGAUCACUCCUUCGAGUUGGACACGGAGGCUUUGGCCCAGGUUCUGUUAGCUCCUGAGGUUCGAGACAAAAAUGUGGUGGUGCUGUCGGUGGCUGGAGCCUUCAGAAAGGGAAAGAGCUUCCUGCUGGAUUUCAUGCUCCGCUACAUGUACAGAAAGCAGGGGGAUGAGAACUGGCUGGGUGAGGACGAUGAGCCGCUGACUGGAUUUUCUUGGAGAGGUGGUUCAGAACCGGAGACAACAGGCAUCCAGGUGUGGAGUGAGGUUUUCCUCGUUCCAAGGAGCGAUGGCACAGAGGUGGCAGUUGUGCUGAUGGACACUCAGGGAGCGUUUGAUGCUCAGUCGACCGUAAAGGACUGUGCCACCAUCUUUGCCCUCAGCACCAUGACCAGCUCGAUACAGAUCUACAAUCUGUCGCAGAACAUUCAAGAGGACGAUCUGCAGCAGCUACAGCUGUUCACAGAGUAUGGUCGUCUUGCAAUGGAUGAAAUCUUUCAGAAACCGUUUCAGUCUCUGAUGUUUCUGAUCAGGGAUUGGAGCUUUCCCUAUGAAUACACAUACGGGUUUAAAGGAGGCAAUGAAUUCCUGGAUAAACGGUUACAGGUUAAGGAGACCCAGCAUGAGGAGCUGCAAACAGUGAGGGAACACAUCCACUCAUGCUUCACCAAAAUUUCCUGCUUCUUGUUACCACACCCUGGGUUGAAGGUUGCCACAAGCCCCGCAUUCCAGGGACAACUUAGCGAGGUGGGACCAGAUUUCAAAGAGCAGCUGAAGAGUCUGAUUCCUAAACUGCUGCAUCCGGAUCGUCUGGCUGAGAAAGAAAUAAAUGGGAACAAAGUCACCUGCAGGGGCCUGCUCGAGUUCUUCAAGGCUUACAUCAAGAUUUACCAGGGAGAAGACUUACCACAGCCAAAGACUAUGCUCAUGGCUACAGCAGAGGCCAACAACCUGGCAGCUGUGGCAACUGCCAAAGAUCAGUAUUACAAGAGCAUGGAGAAGGUGUGUGGAGGAGACCUGCCUUACGUGAAUCCUGAGUCUCUGGAGGAAAAGCACCACUUUAACUUCCGAGAGGCUCUCCACACCUUCUCGUCCACUAAGAAGAUGGGCGGACAGGAGUUUUGUGAUCGUUACCAAACACAGCUGGAGAAGGAGCUGGAGGAAAUGUGGGUGUCCUUCAGCAAACACAAUGAGUCAAAAAAUCUCUUCAGCGCCUUCCGCACACCUGCCGUGCUGUUUGUCCUGGUGUGCCUCCUCUACGUGCUGUCGGGCGUGCUUCUCUUUGUCGGCCUGUCCACCUUCGCCUUGGUGUGUGACUGCACUCUGGGCGUGGUCAUGAUGGCCAUGCUGACGUGGGCCUUCAUCCGCUACUCUGGUCGGUACCGGACUGUGGGAGGAGCCAUCGACCAGGCCGCGGGUGUCGUUCUGGAGCAGGCGACCGUGGUGUUGAACAAGUCAAGAGGGAUGAGCACCGGCGACAGCAAGAAAUCCAGUUAGAGGACGUCUGAACCUUCGUAAUCUCGAUGCAAUGUAACCAACACACAACACAAGCACACAUUCAGCACUAAAGCCUUAUCAUGCCACCCACUGGAACAAACAUGCAGCUAAACUACAUUGGCACAGGGUAUGGAUACGAUGUUAAUUCACCAGCAUCUCUAUUGCACACGUUACUCUGCCUGUGCAAGUCCAGCUUUAUAAAACGCUGACUGGAUUCCCUGAGGCAGAGAGUCAAACCAUCCCGCUUCCCCUCAUUGAUACUUCAUGUCGUUAAAAUGACACUGCCUUCAUUUUACAAGUUUACAAUUGAUCCUAAUAGACGAGUCAAUGUUUACUUAAAAAAAAACAAAAAAACACUUCUUUUCUAUUUCAACUGAAUGCAACUUACAUGGCUGUACGUUGUUCACACAGGGGGAGUCAGGGUGCUUUUCAAACAAAGCUUCUGCAGUCUGUCUUUAAAUAAUCAUCUUUAAAAGUUAAAGUUCUAGCUUUAAAGCUUAUACAUUUAUACAUAUUUCUUUGUCGUUCUUUUUUUUUUUUUUUUUUACUUCUCGGCCUUAAAACAUUCCAUUCUGUUUGUAGAUUUGCUUUAUAUUUGAUAUAAACUCGCAUUUCUAGACAGGUGAUCUGUCGCUACUUUGAGGUGAGACGAGAAUACGCACUUUGUAUUUAGCACAGCAGAUUUUCAAAGCUGCAUUUAUUGGGAGUUCAGUUGUUUCAAGUGAUUUUCUGUUUAUUCUUCGAUGUUACACUUUGUAGAUUUUGAUACUAUGCUUCUACACUCCUCUAGACUAUAUAUAGGAACUUGUAUUCUGUAAAACUUUCCAACUCCAAAGAUAAGAUGUUAUUGUAGGUGUUGAGCGCUCAGCAGAAUAAAACUAGCCAAAGAUUUAGCUUUAGAUAUUUGAAGUAUAGUUUGGACUCCUGUCAUUUCAGGCAUCACUAAAUAUAAGCUGAAAUAUACAGCGUAGCCUGUUAGCAAGUUUUAUUCCCUCAAAAACGUAGAAAUGACACAACUCAGUGAGGAAACACUUUGUCACUCAGGCAUUACAAGUGGUAAACAUGGUGCAAAUAACAAGCAGCAUAUUCAGAUCCACCAACAUAUGAAAGAAACAAGCAUUAGAAACCUACAGUAACUGGGACUGUGUGGCCUCCUGUGCUUUUUGGACAUGCACUUCAGAACAUCACAGCACUUGGAUGGCUUAUGAUCAAACCUGGAAGCACUCAAAAAUCCUCACUGUAAGUGAAAAGACACUGUGAUGUAUCACUGUGAUGCAGUGAAUAAAGUUCACGUUGUAAAUCCAGAUUCAAGCAAAAGUGAUAUUUCAGCUAUUUCACAGUUCAAACUUUGUCAGUGUAAAAUUUUUUAAUGGUAAAAUUAAGAUUAUACAUGGCAAUCAAUUCAGCCUGAAACCGCCGCGUGCUUUGGUCAAAGCUUCACUUCAGAUGACUCACAUGAAAACAGUUGCAUAACAUGUAAUCUACCCAUAUUCAAGAAAAGGAAAAGUAAUGAAUGUGGGUGGACACCACACAGUGGAGUUAUUAGAGUUUAGUUUGUGGGGCCGGGCAGGGCGUGUCAUGCCAACUCCGAAUGAAUCAGGCAUUGGAUUAAAGGACUGAUUAUUUGUGACCGUGCCCUACAUCUCUGGAUAUGAUGAAAUGCAGAUUCUUUUUGGAUUGGGGAAGUUGAAUGUCAAGCACUUUGUAUUAAGAAAUCGCCCUUUCAAAUGCCACAACAUUGGGUGACCUGAGGGUGAAAGUAGAAUCCUGUCGACUAAUGGAUUUUACAUUGUGAUCUUCUACUACUAAUAUAUUUCCUGUGCUCCAGAGAAAAUACAGCUGAUUGACACUGAUUCCAUGUUAAUGUAGGCACAAGUCAUAAGAAUACGGGGCUAAAAGCGACCAUAGAAAUAUGGAGUAUGAGAGACUUUUGAUUUUUCAUUUUGCACAUUCCGUGUCUGUCCCUUUCCACAAGAGGAGGAAACUUCAAGAUGUUUGACAAGCACAUACUAUUGCACUUAUCCCUUCUCUUUGGUGCUUUUUUUGCACACUGGCUUAUUCCAAAAGUGAUUAAACACAUGCUACGUUGUAGUGACGGCUAAUGUAAUCAUCUCUUGCAGGGGUAUGGUGGCCUUGACUUGAGAAAUGCUGUUUUAUAAAGAAUAAACAGAGAUGGAACUGUUAA